AUCAUUUCACCACAAGGAAAAUUUUGAGAGAGAGAAAGAUCGGCCGGUAAAAUUCAUGCUAAUCAUUCCUACCAUUGUUCUUAAACUUUCCUCCCACUCAACGGCAGCCUUUUUGUGAGAGAGAUGGUCAGUCCAUCGCCAACAUGACAACAACGACCAGGACGACCUCUUGCACCAGAAGGCAACCAACUCUCAACUCCCACAGAGGAGGAGAGGGAAGAGGAGGAAGAAGGAGGAGGCGUGAAGGGAGGGGAACGUGUAAGAGAAGGCACAGAAGGGAGAAAGGAUGGGCUGCACCACCUCCAGGGAAUCACGUUUCAUCGGCGCCACGACAAGCGAGUCGGGUCGCGACUUCCAGGACCAUUCAGAGGGCCACCAUCACCACCAAGAGCAGGAGCAAGGCGGCGGCCACCACCAACAUUCUGCUCCUCCUUUCUCUCGAGCGCACUCCCUUCCCUUGGCCGUUCACCACCCGCCGCAGCGGAAGGGCGACUCCUACCACGUCGUCGCCCUCACUUCCACCACCUACGGCUCCCUAGUCCUCGAUCCCCUGCCUGACCCCGAUACCACCGCCGCCGCCGGCCCCCCGGAGAACAUAGACGCCUGGGAGCUCAUGCAUGAUCUCGAGGACUCAUUGUCCGAUGCGCCGUCUGCUGACACAGGGAGGAUAUCCCUCGGCCGGUCCCUCAGUCUCCAACAUGGCCUCAAUGCUUCUCAGGCCAAGAACGAAGCGGCCAUCGGCAGUCCCAAGCCACUCUGGAUGCAUCUUUCUGACGAAUCCACCAGCCCGGAAGGCACGGACGUCGUCUCGAGUUUCAGACGGGCUACGGUGAAGACGACGAACUUGGGGUUCAGGGACUCCGGGCAAUUGAAGCCGGCGAUCGCAUCGAUCCCGAGCUCGAAGGUGUUGCCAGUCGAUAGGGCGUCGCCUUUGUCGCCGUCGCCUCCUCCAGGAAGUGAGGGGAAGAUCGUGGUGUAUUUCACGAGCCUUCGGGGGAUCAGGAAAACAUACGAGGAUUGCUGCACGGUGAGAUCGAUUCUUAGGGGGCUUCGGGUUUGCGUGGACGAGCGAGAUGUCUCGAUGGAUUCCGCGUACCGGAAGGAAUUGCAGAGCGCGUUCGGGGGGAGCGCGGCGCUUCCGCAAGUGUUCGCUGGGGGCACGUACGUCGGAGGAGCAGAGGAGGUGAGGCAUCUACAUGAGGUCGGGGAAUUGGGGAAGAUCCUGCGGGAUUUUCCGGUGCGAGAUAACGGCGACGUCUGCGAGGUGUGCGGCGACGCGAGGUUCGUGCCCUGCGAAAACUGCCAUGGCAGUAGGAAGGUUUAUGAGGAAGACGAUGGAGGUGUUCUGAGACGGUGCUUGGAGUGCAACGAGAACGGAUUGGUCAGGUGUCCAUUCUGUUCUUACUGACCUCACGAACCAAACAAAUGGUGAAGAUUGGUGGUGGUGAUCAUGAUGAGAAUGAUCAAAAAGGGAAGUUGGGGAUUAUGCGGAUUUGUUUCUUGUUUUUGUGCAUAAUUGUAUACUUGAUAAUUUUCGGCUUCAAUUUCAUGAAUGGAAUUUAAAUUGAAAUUGGAGAUGACUCGAGAGCCUUCUGAUUCAAGACUGUAAAAAUCUGUAUUGGUUUCUUGUUGAUCAGUUCUUGUUAUGUGGUGGUUCUUUCUCAACUAUAAUAAAGUUCUAAUUUCCAUA